AUGGACAUCGACGACAUCCUCGCCUCCGUCGACCGCACGGCAGACACAUCCACCCCGGAGUCCACCGCCCUCGACCACCAAUUACUCACGCGCUUCUGGGUCGCCGAGCGCGCCGUCCCAGAGCUCCUCCCAUGGCCGGCGUCCUUAAUGGAGCGCAUGAUGGAGCGCGUCAGACGACAGAUCGAAUCCAUCGAAGAUCUCGCCGCCUCCUCCACCGACCCCAUGCAAACAGCGAACGCCGCAACAACCAAUCUCAAACUCUCCAUCCUGCAAUCCGACCUCUCCCGAACGCAAUACCUAAUUCGCUCUCUGCUCCGCCAACGUCUUUCAAAGCUCACGGCGCAUAGCAUGCACUAUUUACUUCUUAUAUCCCGCCCCGCCUCCCAACCUCAGUCACAAUCGCAAACGGAUUCCUCUAGACCGGAGGACUCCAUCCCCGAACCCCCGGAUACAGAGGAGGAAGGGGGGGAUACAUCUCCGCUGUCCAAGGAGGAAGUAACCUUUCUGCAUGCGCAUCAGACAUUACUUGCUGGACAUUACGGAUCUUCGUUCUUGAAUUCUUUCCCGCCGCAGCUGCGCAGGUUGGAUGAUAAUGCGGGCGGGACUAGUAUGGUGCAGGGGCCGGAUGGGAAGGAGGUGGUUUUUGUGAGGUGUCUGGUCGAGGAGAGUAGGGUUGUGGUGCCGCCUGGGGAUGGGGUGGAGGUGGAGGUUGAGGGCACGGUGUUGAGGAUGGGCGAGGUUUGGGCGGUUAGGUGGGAGGGGGUAAAAGGGGCUUGGGGGAGGGGGGAGGUUGAGGUUUUGUGA